AUGGCCAACAACAACAUACCCAGUCCUGAUCCCUUCGUCCUGGAACAACUGAUUGAAGAUUCCAGCCGCGAAAUGACGAAUCGCCGUCGGCAGGAACGUGCUCUUGCCGGACAGAGAAGACCGAGGCAUGAGACCUCGCAGCCCCAGAGGCAACAGAUUCAGCACAUUCAACAUGUGCACGGCCUUCAACAAGUCCAGAAUGUCGAACAAACCCAUCCUGAAGGACAAGUUCAGAACGGGGAAGACGGGCAGACCCGGCCCCAGACUGAACCAGAGCAGCUCCAAGUGGUGAAUGAAACUGAUACCCGAGACGGGCAACCCGCUUCCUCGUUCACUCACACCUCUAGCAGACGAAGAAGCCGUAGCCCAGACGAGGAGGAACAGAUCAACAUUCCCGAGGGCGCUGAUCCAACCGCAAUCCUCCUACUCAAGGAGCUGCAGAAAACCAACCGCCUCAUCCGCCUACAGAGCGACCGCAUCCACGACCUGGAAAGGAAGCGACGAUAUCGCUCCCCCCAACGGAGACGCCAUCGGUCACGUUCCUAUUCCUCUUCGCGGUCUCCUCCGAGGAGAAAUCGCAAGCGCAUUCCAUCUAGGUCUCGCUCCCCCUCGAGAAGAAACCGGCGCCAACGGUCUUAUUCCCGCUCUCCACCUCGAAAGACUCAGAAGAAUCAGAAACCUGAAACCACUGAAGCCAAGAGUCUCUCACCCGAGCAGGAGCACCGAGGCCCCUCCAAAGCCGCGAAGAAAGUCCGCGAGCACUCUCCAAAAGACAACCGCAAAAUCUCGGGCAAGACACGCACUAAAUCCCAGCGGGGCAGACAUUCAAACUCCCCCGAGCCUAGCGACAAAGAAGAUUUCCGCAGUCCCUUGUCCGAGCAAAUCCGGCGUGUUCGUCUCCCCCGGGGAAUGGAAAAACCACCAGCCUUGGACCACUAUGACAGGACCACCGACCCCGAUGACCACAUAAGGAGCAUCAAAGCUGUCAUGGACUACCACGUGGAUCUUUUCCUAAGCCACUUCACCGCGUCUCGUCGGCAACCGAAAUCAGAGGCAAAUCUUGAGGCGGUAAUCCAAGGUACCAACGAAUCUUUGAGAGACUACCUCGACAGGUUCAACAAAGAAGCUGUCCAAGUGCAGACCGAGGACUACAUGAAGAGGCUCAGGCCUUCAUCGCAUAUGAGGAAGCAGAGGCUGCUGCCACGAGAGCUUCGCGGGGCAGCGACGCCGCUCGCAGUUCAAACUAUGAGCCCUCAACUUCGAGGCGCGGGCACGAGAAAAGGAAAGACGACAGGUCUCUCGACAUCAAAGAACACCGGGGACCAUCUGGUCGCUUCAAUGACUACACCCCUCUGA